GUCCAGAUCUUGAGCGCGUUGCUGGGAAUCCUGACUAGUUGACUGGAGUUGUUUUCUUUAGGAUUUCUGCAGGCUACAGGCUGCAGGAGAAGGACCAUGGGGAGACCCUCAAGCCACACAACGGAGACUUCUGAUUUGGAGCUGAUUGACUGAUAACAUACUGCCUUAGGAUAAUCUCACCUUCUCUAGACACAGAUUCUAAAUGAGUGUCUACGGAGAAACUCUUCAAGCAAAAGCUGAAAAGCAACUAGCUUCUUAUUGUGUUCACAGGAGGUGAUGAAUUUUGAGGAUGUGGCUGUGAACUUCACCGUGGAGGAGUGGGCGUUGCUGGAACCCUCCCAAAAGAAGCUUUAUAGAGAUGUGAUGUGGGAAAACUUUCAGAACAUGGUUGCUAUAGGAAAAAAUUGGAAUGAACAGCAAUUUGAACAUGAAUACAAAGAGUACAAGAGAAAUAUAAGAAUGGAAGAAGUUAAAUGCUUACAAUAUAAAUUAGGGUAUCUGCAUGAAGAAGUGAGAUUUUGGACCCCAGAUAUUAAUAUGAACAUGAAACCAUUUGGUACAAAACCAUGUGUACCAGAUGCUUGCAGAAAACCCAUAAUUGGUAAAUUAUUGCCAAAAGUUCCCAUCACAGCUAAUACUGGACUCAAACCACAUGACUGUCAGGGAUUUGAAGAUGGAAUGACUUGUACAAACAUCCACUGCUUUCCCAAGCUUUCUGACAAAAUUCCUAGAGAAAAGAAGCAAAGUUUUAAAUGCUACUUUGAUCCUCUUGAGGGACGCAGCACUGAAGAGAAGUCCUUUGUCUUUGACCAAGAUGUGAAAGCUUUCAAUACAGCCAACUAUACUCAAAUAGGGGAAAGAAAUCCUAGUAUAAUGAAUAACUAUGUAUGUAUACCAUAUGAAAAAGAUCUUAGUUCUCAGCAUGAUAUUCAGCUACAUGAAAAACCUAAUACUGUAGAAAAUCACUAUAUGAGUAAACAGUGUGAGGCAGUAUUCAAUAAUAACAUUUCAUUUUGGAAAGGCAAAGAAAUUCACAGUAUAAAGAAGCAGUAUGUAUGUAUGCAAUGUAUGAAAUCCUUCAAUACACACAGAGCUUGCAAAAGACAUGAAAGAAUUCACUCUGGAGAGAAAUCCUAUGUAUGUAAACAAUGUGGGAAGGCCUUUAGCACACACAAGUAUUAUCAAAUACAUGAAAGAAUUCACACUGGAGAGAAACCAUAUGUAUGUGACCAAUGUGGAAAAGCAUUUAAAUCCCAAAGUGAACGUAAACUACAUCAAAGAACUCACACUGGAGAAAUACUGUAUGUAUGUGACCAAUGUGGCAAAACACUUAAAUCCCCAAGUGGAUAUAGAAUACAUAAGAAAGCUCACACUGGAAAGAAACCCUACGUAUGCAAACAGUGUGGGAAAGCCUACAUCACAGUAAGUCAGUGUAAAAGACAUGAAAGAACUCACUCUGGGGAGAAACCCUAUGCAUGUAACCAAUGUGGGAAAGCAUUUAAUUCACAAAGUGUGUGUAAAGUACAUCAAAGAAUUCACACUGGAGAGAAACCAUAUGUUUGUAACCAAUGCGAGAAAGCCUACAGCACACACAGUCACUGGAAAACACACGAAAGAACUCACUCUGGGGAGAAACCAUAUGUGUGUAACCAAUGUGGGAAAGCAUUUAUUUCCCAAAGUAAAUGUAAACUACAUCAACGAACUCACACUGGAGAAAUACGGUAUAUAUGUAACCAAUGUGGAAAAGUAUUUAAAUCCCGAAGUGGAUAUAGUUUACAUCAAAAAACUCACACUGGAGAGAAACCCUAUGUGUGUAAUCAGUGUGGGAAAGCCUACACCACAAACAGUCAGUGUAAAAGACAUGAAAGCACUCAUUCUGGGGAGAAACCCUUUGUAUGUAACCAGUGUGGGAAAGCAUUUAAUUCACAAAGUGUAUAUAAAAUUCAUCAAAGAAUUCACACUGGAGAGAAACCUUAUGUAUGUAACCAGUGCGGGAAAGCCUACAGCACACACAGUCACUGGAAAACACAUGAAAGAACUCACUCUGGGGAGAAACCGUAUGUGUGUAACCAUUGUGGGAAAGCAUUUAUUUCCCAAAGCAAAUGUAAAAUACAUCAAAGAACUCACACUGGAGAGAAACCAUAUAUAUGUAAUCAAUGUGGGAAGGCCUUCACGAGACACAGUCAUUGUAAAACACAUGAAAGGACCCACUAUGAGGAGAAAUCCUAAGUAUGUAACCAUUUAUAGCACACACAAUCACUCUAAAAGACAUGAACUCACACUGAAGAGAAACCGUUAUGCAUGUAAAUAGUGUUUCAAAAUCUUCAUCAGACAAAUUUACUGUAACACACAACAAAGAAGCCAUUUAGGGAGAAUGCUUAUGUAUGUAACAUGGGAAAACCUUCACCAGACACAGUCGGUGUAAAAGACAUAUAAGUACUCACAGUAGUAGAAACCAUGACUAUGUAACAAUAUAGGGAAGUUUUCAAUAGAAAUGCUAAAAAUGUGAAAGACACAAAUCUGAGGGGAAACUGUAUGUAAGCAAUGUGUGAAUGAUCUCAGCUGAUCCAGUGACUUCCAAAGAUGUGAAAGUUCUCUAAGGGUACAAAGCUUAUGUAUUUAAAUUGUUCGAAAAUGCAUAAACUGCACAUGUAUUAUAAAGUUUGUGGAAAAGAAAAAACAGUGGACCGAAGCCUUCAGUAAUCUGGUAAUCACCACAGACUUAAAAAAUGUUAGGGAAAGUGUGUGUGCCUGUGUAUAGUCACUUAAACAUUUAAAGCCAUUGUAAAGAAAUCAUUGUAAAGAGUUGAAGUAAUCUUUGAUUACAUAGAGAUAUCAUUACAUAAACUGAAGGGGUAAGUAAUGAGAAUCUUAACAUCGUGAACAAUGUGGGAAAGAUUUUGUUUCUCAAUGUAUUCAAAUACGAAAGAAUUCUCAUAUGAGCAAAGCCACACGCAUGUAAUUACUGUAGCAAACUAAUUUUUCCGUUUCGCAUUACACAAAAGCUUACACUAGAAAGAAACCUUAUGUGGAUAGUUUUACAAAGCGUUUUGUGAUUUUUGGAACCUCAGAAAAUAUGCAUUUACACAAAGGGAGAGUAAGUGGAGGAUUUGAGUUGUCCCCAUUUUAACAUGACCUUUCAUGUAUACACUGCAUUUCAUACUGGAGAAAUAAGUAGGUUUUGAGAGAUAGCUCUUUUGUCUUGCUUUCUUUCAUAUUCCAAAAAUCUUUGUCAUAAAUAGAAUAUUGCAUAUUGGAUUAAAUUCCUAUGAAUGUACUCAGGUAUACCUCAGUUUGAAAAUCCUUUGAAUAUUUCUCAUAUAAUGCAAAUUUGUAUAAGUAAAUCAUGCACAAAUGGGAUAUCCAUUUUCUAUGAAAUAUAGCACUAGGAGAUAAAUUAUAAAUACAGCAAACUCAUCAUUGAAGUAGAUCUCGGGGUAGAUAUUUAUAAGUUGCCUUUUGAGUAUAAAUGUAUUGAAUAUAUGUUAUAAGAAAUAGUGUGUGUGUGAUUGACUAUUCAAAUCAGGUCAUAAUUUAUUUUGUAUGGUGACGUAUCUGCAGGUGUGUUUGUGUUGUUUACAUACUAGGAAGCUUAGAAGUUUGGUGGUUCUUUUUAUUUUCUUUGAUUUUUUUUUUAGUAAUGUGGGGUAACAUGACCCCAAAACUGAGUAUUUUGUAAAUUUUUCUCAUACUACCUUCCAUUUACCUGCUUUGUGCACCAUCAAUUUUUUAAAAAUUUGACAUUGAAAUGGUUUAUGAUUGUAAUGUUUAUUUCAUAUUGUUUUCUACAUAUUAAUCUCUUUUCAGCCAACUUGCAGAUUAACGCAUAUGAUUUCUAUGUUUGAAGAUAUUGAGACUUGCUGCUUCCUGUGAUAUCCUCAGACCAUCAUUAGUAUUCUAUUCCUUCUUAGCAAUCAAGAUCUUUUCUCUCUGUCUUUGCAGUCUGCUGCUUUACUGUAGGUUCCCUUGUGGCCAAACUCACGAAGUUUAAAACAUUCUGCUGGGAUCUUUGUUUUUGCGAGUCAAGAACUAAAAGCCCCCAACAAUAGCCAUGCCACCACCUCAGCAUUCGACUGCCUUGAAAUUUCUUUUGCCAGAUUCAUUAGUUUGCUACCAUCAAUGUUAGUCUCAGGCAAAGUCUUCAGAAAUGAGCAAAAUGAAGACAAACUUUGCCGAGCCACAAUAUACACUGUCUCGAGUCCAGCAACUUACAUAGUCCUUCAGAGUAGAAACCUCCCAAGCCCAGUCUUUACCAACAAAUAUUUGUAUCAGCUCUGGUCUUCGGAGCACUUCCCAGAGUCUCCAGUGCAGAACUGCCUGAUAUUCUAGCUGUACUGUUUCAGGCAACAUCCCAAAAUUUUUCCCACAAGUCAUUCCCAAAGGCUUUUGAAUAGCCAGGUAAUCACAGCAACAAACCUACUUCUCUAGUACCAAAUUCUGUCACUUCUCUCUAAUUGCUGAGACAAAAUCGUUGAUGCCCAAAGUUAAUGAAAACGUUUACUUAGCUCACAAUUUGUGGAGGUUUCAGUCCACAAUCAGCUGGCUCUGAGGCAUUGUGGUGUGGCAAAGGGGCAAGCAUUCGUGGUGGCAAAAGUCAGCAAAAGCAACAAGAGCAAAAGAGGGAGCAGAAAACCUCUUUUCCCUUAUAUUGUGUGUGGGCUACCCACCCUAAGGCAGGUGAAACAGAGACCCCAAAUCAGUAUUAGACACUAGACCAAACACACACUACAUUCAGCUGCUGUGAAUACCCCAUAGCAGCUGUGAUCAUAAGAAGGUUUGGUGAGACAUCCAGAUACAAUUCAUAAAAGCAUGUAAAAUCAACAAUCUCACAGAAGCAGAGUAUAAGUUCAAAGAAAAAGCACAAUGUUUCUCAUGUACAGUACAAAAUGAUGCUGCAGAUCACAUAGGACCAUGAUGGAUAUAGUGAGCCAUAGAUCAUUAGAAUUUUCUGAGAGGGUUAUUCUUUGUGUUUUCUUCAUAAAUGUAAUUAUUUCACAGUGCAAACAUAGCAGCAUAUCAAACUGUACAGUUAUAAUUUAUAAUUUUAAUAUUUUUGCAUAAAUACAAAAUUAUCAAGUUAAGACAAAUAUAACAUAAUUGUAGUUCCAUGAUGUGUCCCCAGAAUCUUUGCUUUCUUCAGCUGUUACACAGUUAAUUUAAUGUGUCUGUAUUUCUGAAAGGAUUUAAUAGUUUGAUGAAAUUUAUACUCAAGUCAUUAGAAAGGUAAAAUGAGUUCUUUGAGGAUAUAAAUUGGGAAACAGUUUGUGAGGAACAGUUGAGCUGGAGAUUCAUGACACAUUCUGAGUUAGAGCAAGGCCAGCCCCAAGAACAUGGAGCACCAAAGGCAAGCCUUGUAAACAAGUUGGGGCUAGAGCAGAGCCCAUGCAGCAGGUGUCUGACCUUGGUGUUCCUCCCUUCUGAAUAUGGCACUAGUAGCCCUGAGAAUGUUUCACUUUCAGUCUUCUCAGCAAAUCACAGAACUUGCACUUUCACUCUAUUGUUGCCUUCUCCCCUUUUUAUCACAUACAAAUACAGAGGCAGACCAAGCUGGCUUUAUCGGAGAGGUCAUAUCCCACCCAGUCCCAGGUUUUCUUUAAAUAUGUUUCUAGGUUUGCUUGUCUCCUGUCCACCUCUCAGUACCUUGCUGGCUGCACAGGUGAUAGAAACAAUUUUAGCAGAACUUAAGUUUAGGCUUUCAUGACUGAAAACUAUACAUACAUUCAGAAAAGUUUCACAUUAGGAAAUCACUUAAAAUUAAUUUAUUUCACUUAAAUUUAUGUUUUCAGUGUGUCCAGUCAAAUGUUUCAAAAUCAUCCCUAUAGCCAUGUAUUCCAUUAUUUACUAUUUGCAUGUUUAUAUAUCACAAACAUGAACAAUAAUACUAGUAAUUGUAGUCAUAAUGCAAAUGGGGAAAGAGCACCUCCCUAUAGACGGAGUGUGAAGAAUGUGAAGGAAAGCUAAUAAAAAGAAUCACGAUGUGUUAUGUACAUAUACAUUCUCUGUAAGAUGACUGCAAAUGUACUCUCAAUGUGUAUUAAUAAAUUAAUAAAAACUCAAAUAUCUUUAUUUAGA